GUCUGUAUAAAGCGAACUCAAAGAGACUUUCGAAGAGGCAAUAUUUCCAACUGAGUACAAACAUAAUUUUGCCAGGGAAAAUACAAAUAAAAGCAGCAGAAAUGACUUCAAAUACUAUUUCGCCGGCAACUGCCACCACUACUCCCGCAUCCAUAACCGCAUUCAGUAAUAGCAGUGAAGAUCAACUCCCCACCCCAGCGCCGAGUAAUGAGAGCUUCGACCAACUCACCUUUGAAAAUUACAGUUACAGCGUUUACAUGCACCCCACGCUGUCAGAGUAUUAUACGAAUCUCACACCCUUCGUCACACUUUGUCUCUUUGUGGGCAUUUUAAUUCUCAUGCUAAACAUUUCCAUAUUCCUCACGACGGUGGCUAAACUGAAACAGCGUCUGCGCAAACCGCUACUUGCGCCCUCUGUAGCACUCGUUUCACUCUAUCCGCUCAUUAGCCUGGUGGCGUUACUCACUCUACUUCUGCCGAAAAUUUGGUUCAGCUGUCACACUGUAAUGCAUCUUUUAUUCACUGUCGGUGGGAUUAUCUUCCAUCAGCUGUGUUUGCACUAUAUCGGUUCGGAGGUGAGCUUCAUUAAGGAAACCGCAGGUAUGGCUGUGCCGAUUAGAACACCGCCAUGUUGCUGUUGUUGCAUAUGCUUGCCGGGCGUGACGCCCACGCGCGGUCGUUUUGUGGUGCUGCGUUGUAUGGUGUGGCAGAUGGUGUUCGUGCAGGGCAGCAUAAUGUUCGUAUUGAAUGGCAUCUACUACAAUGAUAUGGAUCUAUUCCACGAUGUACACUUAUACUUCUUACCAUUCAUCAUUUGCUCGAUUAUACUCGGCGUUUGGGGACUGAAUAUUACUGUGCGUGUGGUAAAUAAUCUGCAUUCGGAUUAUAGCACUAUGAAAAAAAUGUUUUGCCUACAAUUAGUUUUGUUGCUUUGCAAAAUGCAGUACUUAAUUUUAGAUCAACAAUUGGAUCGAGUAUUGCUUGGGGGCUUGUAUCCAAUGAAUCACGUUAUAUACAAGCAAACCAUCAUCAACACUUUGAUCUUAGUGGAGAUGGUUUUGGUGUCGCUAUUCGCGCAAAAUGCGUACAGAAUUCCAAUUCAAAUCGAAGAUAAUUAAAAGACCU